AUGAUAUGUGAAUCAUCCUUACCAAAGAAGAAGUCAAGAGUUGAUCUUCUAGAGGAUAAAGUAAUGUCAAUUUUUGAGUCUCUAUCAUCACAAAUAAAUCAACUAAGAGCUGUAUCUAUUGAUAGCAGAAAGAAAAACAGAAAAGAAGUUCAAUCGUCUAUUCCGAGGGCUGAUCCUCAGAUAGAAGAGCAAGGAUAUUCAUGUCAAAAAAUGAACUCAAAUUCUUGGAAUAAUUCCAAUUCUGCCGCUCCAGUUUUUAUUGCUUUAGAAGUAAAUCCUCAACUGGCAGGUCUUGUCAAUUUAACUUCUCAUAGUCAAAAAAUAUUGGCCAGAACGGAUACUGCCUUAAGCACUAUCACUCAUGGCAUCUUGAAAGAAAGGGAUUGA